GCUUAAAAAGAAGAUGAUUUCAUAAAGAAAUUUGCACGUAAAAUAUUUAAAAGAUUCAUUAUGACUAAUAAAGAAGCUAAAUAUCCUAGUAGUAAAAGUAGAAAAUACAGUACAAUAAAGUAUGGAGUUGAAGAGCAUGGUAGGACAAAUAUAAAUAGAAGAGUUCCGUUUAGUUAUAAAGAUACAGAUAUGAUUACUACAGAGCAAUCAAGGGCUCGCUUGAUUAACCAAAUAAUUGGGUCGACCGAUAAAAAUCUGUCGAAUGAAUUUGCUUCAUAUUAUUAUCAAUCUAAUUCAUAUUCCGACCCAUUUUGUUUAUUAACGUCCCAUACUGUCGCACCUAGAUUAAAGUCUUUAGGAAAGAGCACAGCGUUAUCCCCAAUACCGGCGUAUCCAUCGACGGUACAGUCUCUUCGAUGGAGUCCUUAUGUGGAAGUAAGUACGCCUGAUGAAUCUCAAAUUGAAGCUACGGAUGAUAGACCAAAAAUUAUUUGCAGAUGUGAAAAUUGCACGAUGAAAACUUGCCCUUCCAAAGUAUAUUCAUCUAAAAGAUCUAGUAAAUUCAAAGAUAAUAUUAUGACAUUUAGUGAUCAAUACACUAUGACUCCAAAACUGAAUGACGCAUGCUGUGGAGUUUGUACACCACUUACUUCUCCUAAAGUGUCUAAUGUAGCAAUAACAACUUCUAACAUAGCAGUCAGAGAUACACAAACAAGAGCUGAAAUUCAGCAAGUGUAUGCACCUCCAAAAUCUGCUAUACCUAUUUUGAAGAACUGUGAAUACUUGGAUCCAGUUAAUAAGGAUUAUAAACACUGCCACGGUACCUAUUUUGAUGAUGCUGAAAGAGACACAUACGUGAGAAAUGAUUACAAUGAAUGUGAUCAAUCUAAUCCAACUAAGAUAACUUAUGAAAGGGAACCAAUCAUUGAUCAUCCUUACUGCGAGCAUUGUCAUAACCCAAGAAAAGUUUUGUACAAUGAAGGUAUAAGUGACUCGAUUGCUAAUCACUAUCCAAUAGAACCAGUCCGUGUGCCUUCUCCAACGAAUGUGGUGAAAGACUAUAGAAGAGUUUCAGUUAUGAGCAAAUACUGUAUUGACUCCGAAGAUAAGAUUCCAUUUUCUCACAGAAAUGAUUCAAAAUAUCACUACAGCUGUAAGACACCUAAUAGUAACAAACAUUUCUGCUGUGAUAGUGACACCGAAGAAGUAAAACGUCUGACUGCAAAUCCAAAAACAGUAAGAAAGACGUAUACUAGUCAAGUUAAGAGAAUUAGGACGCCUUCAAUAAUUUUGCCAAAGAAAGUGUUGACUUCGGAGCGCGAUAUCGAAUCGUAUAUUGAUAAAAGUGCUCAACAUACUAGUCCUAUUCCAGCUGUUUAUAUACAUAAAAAAUAGUUAUUUUGCUGAUUAAUAUUCAUUCCAUUAUUUUAUUCAAUUUUAUUGAUUGCUUAAGAAACUUGCAAAUUUCAAGUGUCCAGUGAUAUUGAUAACU